AUGGCAGACACUCCAAAGUAUCACCCCGCCUUUACGAUCACAAACGUAAAGUCCCUCACACCAAUUACUUUAGACUCUAAUCAUGGAUUGUAUCACUCUUGGGCUGCACUUUUUAAAGUGCUUUGUCGAGUUCAUGAUCUCACUUCCCACAUCAUCCCUCCUAUGGACGCAUCCGAACUCGCUGCAUAUGAGUCUGUCAAACGGGCAUACCUUGCCUACCGGAGGCGUUUGGAUGCUGCCGUCCUUAACUGGAUUUACAAUUCAGUUUCUCCAGACAUUCUCACUGCCAUCCUACUCAAGGAUGACACCAUUCAUGGUGCUUGGACUCGCCUUGAAUCAAUGUUCCAAGAUAACAAAGCAUCACGGGCUUCCCAUCUCGAACAAGAGCUUGCUGACCUUGAUUUCGGGAAUUUCUCUAACAUUGAUGGCUAUUGCAAUCACGUCAAAUCCCUCGCUGAUCGUCUUGCGGAUGUUGAUGCUCCGAUUCCAGAUACUCGCCUCAUCCUUAAACUCACAGCCGUACUGCCCGAAGCUUAUGCCGGGACGGUAGACUUCAUACAAAACCAGGAACCUUUCCCUUCUUUCGAAAGUUGUCGUUCUCGCCUUAAGCUUGUUGAGCGCACCAUCAAAAACCGCCUCGCUAAGGAGAAUGGGUCCACCAGUCGCCAACCGACAACCCUACUGUCCUCCACCGGCGGCCACCAGCAACACGAUGCUUCUGUCAACACCUCCAGGCCGUCCAACAGAAGCAACAAGCCAAAGAAGUCAGUCUCAAAGGCUUCUGGUAAAGGGCGCCUCUCUGGUUCAGCCCAGCAACCUUCUGGCCCAACAACUGGACAGCCCUGA